UUAUUGAUUGGUGGCGAGCAGGCUGCAGCUGCCAGUUUCUCCGUUUACUCUUAAAGUGUCGUAUCUCUGGGACCAAGCUGCCCUCUUGGGUGUCCUCCCACCGUGCUGGGGGCACUGGGGAGCGACAGGGUGGGCACUGGCGUUGCCCGUGGGUAAGGGGCCAACUUGGACUCUGUAGACCUGGAGGGACCAAGGGGUGAUGCAGAGCAGUUACUGGGGCGGGGGGCUUUCUGAGCAGGUGCAGACCCCCAGCCUGAGCUUUGCACACCUCCUUGCCUCGCCCAGCCAGGCACACUCCUGGCAGGGGGGCACGAACUGGGCUUCCUUCCCGUGGCUGUGGUGUCAUUUCUGGAUCCUGCACUGAGCUGGGCACACGUGCACCGCAGACCGCAUACAGCAAUAUGAGCCACUUGAACAAUAAACAUGUUUCCUGGGCUCUGCGGGCCUGUGGCUGAGUGUCCAUCUCUGUCUUCCAGGGUCCUGUCUGGGGUGACCGGGAGGGCCUGGGGUGGCUAUGCGGCUGGGCCGAGAUGCUGUGUUGGCACCUGGGGGCUUUGAGGCAGCACCAUCACAUCCGGGGGCAGGGCUGUGGUGGUCAGUGUCUUACUCCAGGCUCUGCAUGGCGUUCCCCCUCACCAUGGCUGUCCCGGGCGCACCUGGGAGGGUCAUGGCCUCCCUCCUGGAUUCUGGUUAAGCCUUGGGGACCCUGACCUUGAUCUGGAGUGAGGAUUGGACUGAGGCAAGAGAGGAGGCUGCGGGAGGGCCCUGGCUUCCCCUUACCCAGUUGCAAAUUCCUGCUUCAACAGCUGAGAGUAAGCACACAUGCCCUUACAGUCACUGGUGACUCAGCAACAGGCAUUUAGGUGGAAACAGGAUGUGUGCUCACAUGGGGGGGAGGUCUGGAAGGGGAUCUCUGGGCUCACGGAGCUCCAGCUCUAGGCACCCCCAGUCUGACGCGAUCACAGACUGGCCUUUGGGCCCCCUCCUCUACAGACUGGGGGCUCUUCACUGGGCGGUGAGAGGAGGGGAGCCUUUCCUCCCCAUCCCCCACCCCCCCACGCUGGCUGGCGUGUGUGGAGGACCCUGGACAGGGAACUGAAAGGCUCAGCUCAGCCUCAGGUAGGGCCCAGGUCCCUCCCAGAAAGGCUCCGCCUCCCCAGCCCUUGGGUACAGGACAGGCUGCCCCAGAGCCCCGCCCCAGGAGGUGGGGCAGGAGGCUCGGGACAGAGGGACCCAGACCUGUCGACCUGCUCUACUCGGGCCAGCUGCCACCGCCGCCCAUGGGGAACAGCCACUGUGUCCCUCAGGCCCCUAGGAGGCUCCGAGCCUCCUUUUCCAGAAAGCCCUCGUUGAAGGGAAAUAGAGAGGACGGCGCCCGGAAGCUGGUUGGCCUGUUUGGCACCGAGGCCAGUCCGGAUGGGGACACCACUGCCGACAAGAUCUUCCGCUACAUCCCUGGGACGAACAUCCCGACCCUGGAGAGCCAGCAAGAAAACCUGGAGCAGCCUUUCCUGAGUGUGUUCAAGGCAGGGCAGCGGCGGGCGCCCGUGAGGAGCCUGGGCAAGGUUGUGCACUACACCAAGGUCCAGCUGCGUUUCCAGCACAGCCAGGACAUCAGCGACUGCUAUCUGGAGCUCUUCCCCUCCCACCUCUACUUCCAGGCCCAUGGUUCCGAAGGACUCAUUUUCCAGGGGCUAUUACCACUGAUGGAGCUGAGCGUCUGCCCGCUCGAGGGAUCCAGAGAGCAUGCCUUCCAGAUCACAGGCCCGCUGCCCGCCCCCCUUCUCGUGCUCUGCCCCAGCCAGGCCGAGCUGGACCGCUGGCUCUACCACCUGGAGAAGCAGAUAGCCCUCGUGGGAGGGGUGCCGCGCUGCCACCCAGCACCCCCUCAGGUCAGUGCUGGGAACCCCACGCCCCUUUCCACCCCCACUCUCCUCCUCCUGCCCCUGACCCCCUUCUACCAGGGCCCGCCUGAGAACGAGCUCCCCUGGACUCUGCAGCACAGGCUGACCCCGCUGCGGACGGCGUCAGGGCUCCAGGUGGUGGGCACCGCCGUCUGUGCCUCAAGGGUCAAGCUGCAGCAUCUGCCCUCACAGGAGCAGUGGGACCGGCUCCUGGUCCUGUACCCGACCUCCCUGGCCGUUUUCUCCGAGGAAGCAGAUGGGCUUUGCUUUAAGGGGGAGCUCCCGCUCAGCGCCAUCCGCAUCAACCUGGAGGAGAGGGACAAACAGAUCCGCUCUUUCCUGAUCGAAGGCCGUCUCAUCAACACCAUCCGUGUGGUGUGUGCCAGCUACGAGGACUAUGGCCACUGGCUGCUCUGCCUGCAGACGGUCUGCCGCGGGGACAGGGCCUCCCCACCGCCCGGCCCCGAGAGCUUCCCGGGGCUGCAGGCGCCCCCACAGGUUGUGGGCAGUGGCCGAGGCUCACUCUCCUCUGACGGACGGACCAGCUGGGACUCGGGGUACCCAGCAGCCGCCUCCAGUCGCUCCACGCCUGAGUCCGCCGCAGGCUGCCCUGCCCGGCCCGCACCGGAGCAAGCCAGCCCUGGCUGCACCAGCGUCGGUGGGCACAAGGCAAAGCUGAGACGGGCCGGCAGCAACCGAUCACCCAGGAGCAAGGCCCAGGGCGAGGGGCCCGGCCCAGCCAUCCCACUGCACCUGGACCUGACCAAGCUGAGGCUGGAGGAUGGCCCUGAGGCCCCAGACCAUUCUCUGGAGACACCGCACUCCCCGCUCUACGCUGACCCCUACACACCACCUGCCACUUCCCACCGCAGGGUCACAGACAUCCAGGACCUGGACAAGUUCCUCAGGGCGAUGCAGAGCUCGCUUGGACCUGAGCCCUCGAACCCAUUCCCCUUGGUCCCCGUGUCCGUGCCUGUCUCUGACCCCAGCUCUGGACUCUCCGGCCCCCACUUGCUCUCCGAGAAGGGAGUCCUGCAGGCCCGAGCCUCUCAGCGGCAUCGCAGCUCCAUCAAGGGCCGGGGGUCCCGGCCCCCAGGCUCCCCUCAGCUUGUCUCUCCUGCGAGGGAAGUUGCGCCCGAACCCCCGCCACCUCCCCCAGACGGCCGCCCCCCAAGGAGCUACGACAGUGUCUGGGACAAAGCUCUGUCACCUUCCCACCAGCGGUGGCCUCGAGCACCUGAGGCUGAAGGCGGGCUCGUCCAGUGGAUCUGAUGGCCACCAGGAGGCUGCUUCUCGGGACCACCUGCCGGCAUCGACCCUGCAGGAGGGGCUGAAGCAGGGCCUGGGGCUUUUUAGUGGGGCCACAGGCACCCAGUAUCGAGUCAGGGUCUGACCCCAGCAGGUGGAGGGGGCCUCCAGAACCCUGAGUUACCCUGGGCUCUUGAGGGGUCAGGAGGGCCUCAUCCUCAGGACACCUUGGCCAAGGUGACUGGACGCCCAGAGGGGCCAAACCUCGGCCUGCCUCUCAGGGAAGGAAUGAGGGAGGGGACUUGGGGAAGGGGCUUCACCUGGGAGAGGGAGGAUGGCACAGGUGUAAAGGUCAGAGGGCUGAGAAAGUCAGGUUAGCGAGAGUCAGAGUAUGUGAGGCCAGAGGGCACAAGGGUCUGAGACAUCACAAGCAGAGGCAGGAAGGUGGCCUGGGCGCAUGUGAGUGGGAUGGUCGGGAGAAACCGGCAAGAGACUAAACAAGAAAGAGAGAGAUUUUAUUGGUGCUGUGUGUCCACGCAUU